GGCACCUGCGUGCACGAGUGGGACGGCUUCAGCUGCCGCUGCCCGCUGGGCUUCGGGGGCAAGACCUGCCAGGAAGAUGGCGAGUCCCAGCGGUUCCUGGGCAGCAGCCGGCUCUCCUGGAGCGGGCUGGCACUGCCCGUCACCCUGCCCUGGCACCUGGGGCUGAUGUUCCGCACCCGCCACCCCCGCGGGCUGCUGCUGCGGGCCAGCGCCGGCCCCCGCGCCACCCUCACCCUCCAGCUGAGCGAGGGGCAGGCGGAGGCGGGCGUCUGGCAGGGGGGGGCCCGCUUGGCCUGGCUGCGGCUGCCCCAUGCCAAGGUCAACGACGGCGACUGGCACCACCUCCAGCUGGAGCUGCGGGGGGCCCCCGGCCGCCCCCCCCCCGCCACCCUCCUCCUCCUCGCCCUCGACUACGGCCGCCACCAGGCGGUGGCUGACAUGGCCGGGGAGCUGCAGGGGCUGCGGCUGCGGACACUGAGUGUGGGGGGGCUGGCGGGCGACGGUGGCACCGUGGAGCAGGGCUUCCGCGGCUGCCUGCAGGGCGUGCGCGUGGGCGAGACGGCGGCCAGCGCGGUGGCGCUGAGCGUGGCGCAGGCGGCGCGGGUGAACGUGGAGGGGGGCUGCGCCCUGCCCGACCCCUGCGACUCGGGGCCCUGCCCGCCCCACAGCUCCUGCAGCGACGACUGGGACAGCUUCUCCUGCCGCUGCCACCCCGGCUACUUCGGUGACGGCUGCGUCAGCGCUUGUGCCCUCAACCCCUGCCAGUCCCCGGCCACCUGCGCCCGCAAGCCGGGCUCGGCGCACGGUUACACGUGCGAGUGUCCCCAAGGUCACUUCGGUCCCUACUGUGAGCACAAGGAGGCCCAGCCGUGCCCACGGGGGUGGUGGGGCCACCCCACCUGCGGCCCCUGCAGCUGCGACGUCACCAAGGGCUUCGACCCCGACUGCAACAAGACGACGGGCGAGUGUCGCUGCAAGGAGAACCACUACCGGCCGGCGGGCAGUGACUCCUGCCUGCUCUGCGACUGCUACCCCACCGGGUCCCUGUCCCGCCUCUGCGAUGUCACCAGCGGGCAGUGUCCCUGCAAGGCCGGCGUCAUCGGCCGCCACUGCGACCGCUGUGACAACCCCUUCGCCGAGGUGACGGCCAGCGGCUGCGAAGUCAACUACGACAGCUGUCCCCGUGCCAUCGAGGCCAGCAUUUGGUGGCCCCGCACCCGCUUUGGGCUGCCCGCCGCUGCACCCUGCCCCAAGGGAUCCAUCGGCACAGCAGUCCGGCACUGUGACGAGCACAAGGGCUGGCUGCCCCCCAACCUCUUCAACUGCAGCUCCCUGGCCUUCGCCGCGCUCCGGGCCUGGGCGGAGCGGCUGGCGCGUAACGAGUCGGCACUGGACCCGGCGCAGUCGCGGCACGUGGCCCUGCAGCUGCACGAGGCCACCCGCCGCACCGCCGCCUACUUCGGCAGCGACCUGCGCCUGGCGUACCGCCUGGCCAGCCGCCUGCUGCAGCACGAGAGCACCCAGCGCGGCUUCCGCCUGGCCGCCACCCAGGACGUCCACUUCACCGAGAACCUGCUGCGGGUGGGCAGCGCGCUGCUGGACGCCAGCAACAAGCGGCACUGGGAGCUGAUCCAGCAGACGGAGGGGGGCACGGCCUGGCUGCUGAAGCACUUCGAGGACUACGCCAGCGCCCUGGCGCAGAACAUGCCCCAGACCUACCUCAGCCCCUUCACCAUCGUCACCCCCAACAUCGUGGUGUCGGUGGUGCGGCUGGACAAGGGCAGCUUCGCGGGCGCCCGGCUGCCACGCUACGAGGCGCUGCGCGGGGAGAAGCCCCCCGACCUGGAGACCACCGUCAUCCUGCCCGACAGCGUCUUCCGGCCCCCCGAGGGCAGGCUUGGGGGCCCUGGUGAUGAGGAGGAGCAGGUGACCCUGGUGACCCGACGGAAGCGCCACCCAGCCCUGGGCGAGGGCCAGGCCAUCGCCAGCGUCAUCAUCUACCGCACCUUGGCCGGGCUCCUGCCCGAGCAGUACGACACCGACAAGCGCAGCCUCAGGGUGCCCAAGCGCCCCAUCAUCAACACGCCGGUGGUGAGCAUCAGCGUGCACGCGGCGGGGACGCGGGCGCCGCGGGCGCUGGCGAAGCCCAUCACCCUCCAGUUCCGGCUGCUGGAGACCCAGGAGCGCUCCAAACCCAUCUGCGUCUUCUGGAACCACUCCCUGCUGGCGGGCGGCGCGGGCGGCUGGUCGGCGCGAGGCUGCGAGGUCGUCUUCCGCAACCGGAGCCACGUCAGCUGCCAGUGCCACCACCUGACCAGCUUCGCCGUCCUCAUGGACAUCUCCCGCCGCGAGAACGGGGAGAUCCUGCCGCUGGCGACGCUGACCUACGCCUCGCUGGGGGUGGGGCUGGCGGGGCUGCUGCUGGCCGUGCUGGCGCUGGGGGGGCUGCGGGGGCUGCGCUCCAACCGCCACAGCAUCCGCCGCCACGGUGCCACCGCCCUCCUCCUCGCCCAGCUCGUCUUCCUCCUCGGCAUCAACCAGGCCGACCUCCCGCUGGCGUGCACGGUGGUGGCCAUCCUGCUGCAGUUCCUCUACAUGAGCGCGGUGGGCUGGGCGCUGCUGGAGGGGCUGCACCUCUACCGGCGCCGCAGCGAGCCCCGCCACGUCGACCGCGGGCCCAUGCGCUUCUACCACGUCCUGGGCUGGGGGCUGCCCGCCUUCAUCACCGGGCUGGCGGUGGGGCUGGACCCCGAGGGCUACGGCAACCCCGACUUCUGCUGGCUCUCCAUCCACGACAGCCUGGUCUGGAGCCUGGCGGGGCCCAUCGCCUGCGCCGUGGCCGUCAGCAUCUUCUUCCUCGUGCUGGCGGCCAGGGCCACCUGCGCCACCCCGCAGGGCUUCGAGAAGAAGGGCAAGGCCUCCGGGCUGCAGACGGCGGUGGUGGUGCUGGCGCUGCCCAGCCUGGCCUGGCUCCUGGCCCUGCUCUCCGUCAACAGCGACGCCCUCCUCUUCCACUACCUCUUCGCCGCCUCCAACUGCCUCCAGGGCCCCCUCAUCUUCCUCUUCUGCGUGGUGCUGAGCAAGGAGGUGCGGAGGAGCCUUCGCCUCAGCUGCGCCCGCAGGCGUGGCCCCGACCCCACCCUGGCCACCAAAUCCACCCUGACCCCCGCCUAUGGCUGUGACAGCACCUAUGUGGCGGGGCGACUGUACCCGGCACCCGCCGGCGGCUCCAGCGGGUCCCUGCACAGCACCGCGCGCUCGGGCAAGAGCCACCACAGCUACAUCCCCUUCGUGCGCCGGGAGGACUCGGGGCUGGCGGGCAGCCCGGGGCAGCGGGCACUGGCCGAGCCCGGGGGGCUCUUCCUCGACGCCCAGGACCAGCCCGAGGAGCACGACACGGACUCGGACAGUGACCUGUCGCUGGAGGAUGACCGGAGCGGCUCCUACGGCUCCACACACUCCUCCGAGAGCGAGGACGAGGCCCCCGCCGCCGGCUGGGACACCCUGCCCGGGCCCCCCCUCACCCCCCCCGGUGACAGCCUGGUGGCCCAGGGGCGGCCGUACUGGCCGGGAGAAUUCGUGACGACUGCCAGCGAGAGCGAGGGGCACGGGGGCACCGAGACCCUACGGGUGGAGCCAGCGGGGGGCGAGGGACCCCCCCGGGGUGACCCCCCCCGCCUCAACGGCGAGGCGCACCCCAGGGACCCCCCGCUGCUGCCCCUGCCCCACCCCCACAAAGGCAUCCUGAAGAAGAAGUGCCUGCCACCCAUCAGCGAGCGGGGCAGCACCCAGCGCCUCGGGCCCCCCCCGCCACCCCCCGCGGGCACCGCCGCCUCCUCGGGCAGCGAGGGUGGCAGGGUGGGGGGCACGGCGGCCCCCCGUCCCCGCCAGAGCCUGCAGGAGCAGCUCAGCGGCGUCACCCCCAUCGCCAUGAGCAUCAAGGCGGGCACCGUGGACGAGGACUCCUCCGGCUCCGAGAGCGACGAGACCUCCAUCUAA